AUGGCCUCUUUCACGGGAAGUUGCAUCUGCAAUAAGCUCAAAUUCUCCUUUACUGGUGAACCGAAACAAACGGCUGUCUGUCACUGCCUCCAAUGCCAAAAGCUCACCGGCUCUGCCUUCACUUACAACCUCCUUGUCCCGCGCGAGGACUUCAAAUGGACCUCUGGGUCACCCAAGGCCGGCAGCUUCAAGCAAGAGAGUGGAAUCAUCGUUGAGUAUUCUUUCUGCCCGGACUGCGGUACCAUAAUUGCCAAGCAGACCGACAAAGAAGACUUCAAGCCCUUCUCCCUUGUUCAAGCUGGGACAGUUGAUGGAUUUGAUACCAAGAGAAAGCCCGACGCGGAGUUUUGGGUGAGCCGCAAAGCAGACUGGGUUCAGCCUAUUCCGGGUGUUCCACAAAUGGCGAAGUUUGAAUAA